CACUCUGGAGCUCUACACAACUUUACACCUGAAUGAACGCCAAGCCUCUGUGGAUAUAUAAAGGGGACCUUGAAGAGGAAUUUCACAGUUACAGUGGAGCAGCAGAGGGAAAGGAAUUAACCAGCUCUUCAGCCAAGCAAAUCCUCCACUCACCAUGCUUCCUCCUACCAUUCAUUUCUAUCUCAUUCCCCUUGCAUGCAUCCUGAUGAAAAGCUGUUUGGCUUUUAAAAAUGAUGCCACAGAAAUCCUUUAUUCACAUGUGGUCAAACCUGUUCCAGCACACCCCAGCAGCAACAGCACGCUGAACCAAGCCAGAAAUGGAGGCAGGCAUUUCAGUAACACUGGACUGGAUCGGAACAGUCGGGUCCAGGUGGGUUGCCGGGAAUUGCGGUCCACCAAAUACAUCUCAGAUGGCCAGUGCACCAGCAUCAGCCCUCUGAAGGAGCUGGUGUGUGCGGGCGAGUGCUUGCCCCUGCCUGUGCUCCCUAACUGGAUUGGAGGAGGCUAUGGAACCAAGUACUGGAGCAGGAGGAGCUCCCAGGAGUGGAGGUGUGUCAACGACAAGACGCGCACCCAGAGAAUCCAGUUGCAGUGCCAAGAUGGCAGCACGCGCACCUACAAAAUCACGGUGGUCACUGCCUGCAAGUGCAAGAGGUAUACCCGGCAGCACAAUGAGUCCAGCCACAACUUUGAGAGCGUGUCGCCUGCCAAGCCAGCCCAGCAUCACAGAGAGAGGAAGAGAGCCAGCAAAUCCAGCAAGCACAGCAUGAGUUAGAACUCAGACUCUCAGGCUGGACUGACUCUAACCAUCUGCUUUACAGAUUUGAUUGCUUGGAAGACUCAAGCCUGCCACUGCUAUUUUCUCACUUGAAAGUAUAAUGCUUUCUGCUUUGAUCAAACCCAGCAAGCUGUCCUGAUUCAGGACCUCCUCUGGGAAUAGCUUUUCCUCUUCAAGUUUUUCAAGAUGUGUGUAUGUUCAUGCGUGCAAUUUGCAUUUAAAUUCCAUACAUCCUGUAGUUUUAAUCCCUGUCAUUCUUAAAAGACUAUUGAUACUAUACGCAUUGCUCAGUCAUGACAUUUUAAAACAGUUUCUAAGUUCAUCCCUGUCAUUUCCAGACAACAGCCCUUCAAAACGGAAAAGUUUAAAAAAUUGUUGCUGUGAAUCUUCACAGUAACGUUUGAAAAAGGUGCUUUUUCAGAAAUUUUCAUGGAAAUAAUUUAGCAGCCAUGAGUGAUCUUCUUUGAAAGAGGGAGAAAGACCUUGUGACAUUUCACUUCAAAAAUAAGCCCUGUAGCUUUUUACACUCUCAUAGUUUGAAAUUAUACCCUGCAUGCUGACCCUUGCUUGGAAUGGAAUGCCAGAAAUGCAUGGCAGCAGCUAAUAAGUAAAGCUGAUUAACUAUUUAUUUGUCAAUGUUAUUAUUUAAUGAGAUUUCACAUGUGAUUUU